AUGAUGGAAAUACCGAUACAAGUAGCCGUACGUAUCUACCCCUGCUUACCACCGGCUAUAACAAUACCAAUAACAGAAGCACCACCACCACCAUCAGCUGGCAAUGUUAUAGAUACGCAAACCAAUCCAAAAGCAGGAGAACAACUACAAAUAACAACGCAAAAAGAUGAUAAUGGUAAUUUUAAUGAGUAUAAUAAUGGAGGCAGUGGUAAUGAAAGCAUGCCAGCUCAGAAUGGGACACAUUCAGCGGAAACAAAUAUAUGUGUCCAAGCCAUACCCAUGGCGGCACACGGGUUUCUUAACGCUGCGCCUACAGCUCUGCCCGGCCAAUUAGACAAUGGAAUUGCCGCUGGUCUAAUGCAGGUGGGACCACAUUCAUUUCCUGUCACUCAUGCACUAUCCAUGGAUUGUACACAAAGUCAAAUUUACCAUCAAACGGUGUUUCCGCUAAUAAGCUUGUUUAUGGAAGGAUUUGAUGCGUCUGUGGUGACAUACGGUCAGCGUGGUACGGGUAAAACAUAUACAUUGUAUGGACCCGGUCUGGAUUGUUUAUACAGUGAAACGGAGCAGGGUGUAGUUCAACGUUGUGUUCGUGAAAUUUUUACACAUAUGGCAAAUCACCCAGAACGUACUUAUGCUGUUAACAUUGGUUGGGUUGAGAUAAUCGAUGAUGCUAUACGCGAUUUAUUGGGUGUGGGCAAUGUGCAUUGCAAUAGUAUUACAGAAGUAUUUCAUUGGCUACAACUCGGUUUAAAUGCUAAACAUGCCAUCAACGAUAAUGCUGAUGAUGAUGCGCCUCUUAGCCAUACACUUUUUACACUCACACUCGAACAACAAUGGGUUUCAAAAGAGGGUCUCAUUCAACAUCGCCUUUCAACAGCAAGUUUUUCCGAUUUAUGUGGUACUGAUCGCGUUUUUAUGUUAAACGCUUUGGAUCAGCCCACAAGCUUGCCGAAGGAUGUAGGUCUACAAACUUUGGAACAAGUAGUGAACACUCUCACUGAUCCAGCUCUCAUGUACGGCUCAAAUGGCAAUAUACCCUAUAACCAAACUACGUUGACAACAUUAUUGAAGGAUUCGUUCGGUGGACGGGCACAGACGUUACUCAUUUUGUCUGUUUCGCCAUUGGAACGUGAUUGCAAUGAAACUAUUUGUAAUUUACAAUUUGCCUUCAAAGUACAGUGUGUUAGAAAUUAUGUAAUUAUGAAUACCUUCUCCGAUGAUAAUACGCCCAUCUCACCAGAGGCAAUUAUGCCGGAGUUGUCAGGAGGAGGCGGACGUGGUGUGCCAGUGGGUGCGGAUACCUUUGGUUUGCAGUUCGCAGCAAGUCAAUGGUACAAAUUAGUAUCCAAUGCAGAGGGCCUGUUCUCGAAACUGGCUGCUUCAAACGCUGUAACUGAGCUGGACAAGGAGCAAAUUGAGGAAUGGCUUUUCCUCAAGCAAGAAUGCGAAGAAUGUUUAAGCUCUGCUGAAGCUAUACGAUCUCAGAAACAACUCGUACCUAUACAGGAGGCUGAGGAGCCUGAAGAAACAGCUAGCGAACCGGAAACAUCGCUUCAACAGAAUUCUGAUAAUGAAUCGGACUGUGAAUCUCAAAGACCUGAUUUAAUGGAAAAAUUAGAGACGCUUAUGGAAGAACUGCGCCUGAAGACAGACACUUUAAUACAAGGCAAAUAUAAAGAAUUCAUGCAAAGUCACCCAAAGGCGGUCAUGGAAAGUCAGGAGAGUGUUAGACACAAAGAGUCCAUGCAGAGUAUGGAACUAGUAUUGAGUGAACAGCGACCACCGUGUGAAAAAUUAGAUGAACGCAAAGCAUCGAUGGGUGGCCGUCGCCGUUCCAUACAGCCCGGCGCUAGCUUAUCCAGUGCUGAGAUCGCCAUGCUGAACCGUGUAGCUUCACGCGAACAAGCAACGCCAAAAGCAGCCGAUGACUUUCUUGACAGUUCUGGAGACUUGCAAAAUGCCGUACAACUGCGCGCAGCCAUUAAUUCACCAUUGGACAAUGUACAAAAGAAAUUGCGUAAAUUAGACACAGAUAUUGAGGCGCGUCAACGCCAAAUACAGGAGGUUGAACAAACUAUGCAGCUGAAACAAAACAUCAUCACUGAACUUGUAAAGAACAGCGACACACGUUCCACGGCCAAACAACGUUUUCACAAGAAAAAAUCCAAGCUUGAAGCUGAAUAUGAAAAGACAAAAAAGCAAUUGACAAAAGCAAUAGUACAGGGUAAAGAGAAGUCUGAGGUGGAACGCUUGCGCGCGCUUAUCGCACAUAUCGAACAGCGUUUGCAAGAUCUGGCCUCGAUGAAGCAUAUCGCCGGUGAGAGUGGUCAAAAAGUGAAGAAAUUACAACAAUCCCUACACGAAUCCAAAAAACUUAUCGAUGAUCUACAAAAGAAACUAAAGAAGGAUCGUAAAGUACACGAACAAUUAGAGCACGAACAAAAGGUCUUGAAGGAGAAAGAAAACGCUGUUAACGGCAACAAUAAAGCGCUUGUUAAACUAGAUGUGAACGCGAUGAACGGCAGCCUCCACGGAAUAGAAGAUGUUGAGCACGGCAAAAAUCUAAAAGAAGUACAAGCGCGCAUAUCACAUUUAGAUCAUGUACUGCGUGAGAAAUCGGAGAAUUUGGAGCAAUAUGGCGACAACGCCGAAGGCGCUGGUGAAAAGGAAGGCUUGCGACAUGAAAUACGCAAUCUGCGACGCACACGUGAUCACCUACUAGAACAACGUUGCUCGCUCGAUCGCAAGCUGAAACGCGAGAAAAUGCUUUCGCAUCGCGAAGAACGCAAAUUACUUGAAUGCGAUGAGGCUAUCGAAGCCAUAGAUGCGGCAAUUGAAUUUAAGAAUGAACUUAUCUGCGGACACAAGUCCAUUGACACCAGCGAACGCCUGCAGCGUGAGAAGGGCGAGCAGAUGUUGAUGGCGCGCCUGAAUAAACUCUCACCGGAAGAGAUGCGUACACUUUUAUACAAGUAUUUUACAAAAGUCAUUGAUUUGCGCGACUCCUCACGCAAACUGGAAGUGCAGCUAAUGCAAUUGGAACGUGAACGUGAUGCAUGGGAGUGGAAGGAGCGUGUACUGUCAAAUGCAGUACGACAGGCGCGUCUAGAGGGUGAACGCAAUGCGGUGCUGCUGCAGCGACAACAUGAAAUGAAACUCACCUUAAUGCUGCGUCAUCUCGCCGAAGAGACUUCGGCAUCGGCCAGUUCAUCAAGUUUCAAUGAUGCACAGCAUCAACAACAACGUUACUUACGUCCCACACACCUUGCGCUGACGCACCAGCACCAGCAACAGCAACAACAACAGUUGCAUACAGCCAACGGAGCAAUGAACACAUCAUCACAGUAUUCCGACUCUGAUCUCGAUUUAGACUUUUAUAAGAACGCCGUACCAGUGAGUGGUAAAAUUUUGAAACCACCCAAGCAUGGUGAAAUGGAAAUCUGUCCGCUACCCGAUGCCUUGGCCAAGUACAAACCCUUGGAUAAAUUCAAAGAGAAGGAACGCGAAUCGAAGAAUAAACUAUUUGCCAAAUUUCAAGUGCUCACACGCUAUGCAGGACAAUCGGUGACUACUGCAGCGGCAGUUGAUGAACAUGCUGGCGGUAGUAGCCGUAACAAGAAGGAAAAAGAGCAACUAACAGCGGCCAUACCACAAGAAAACCUAAAACGCUUAAUAUCAACACCGCCCGCCACGAAAGUGACGCGGCAAAAGAAUAAAAUCAUAAUACAGGAUGCGACACGCAAAAAUUAGUGCGUAAGUUAUACGAGAUGAGAUGGGAUGUAAGGAUAGCGCACAUCCUAUUUACUGUGCUAUUUACUUUUAAAAAAUUUUCUCUGUUAAUAUGCAGAGGGU